AUGGUUGCAAAGCACAGACAAAUACCUUUAAAAAUACUUGCAAUAGGAACAGUUCAUGAAGACAUUAUACUUUAUGUUGAUAAGUUAGAUUCUGUGGAUAAUAUGCAAGGAACACAAAAAAUCGAAAAAAGAUUCGGUGGUAGUGCUGGAAAUACUCUUGCGGUUUUAUCCCAAUUUCCCAUGACAAGAUCUUGGGUCAUGGCUCCUAUGGCUUGUAAAGAGGCAUCAAAAGUUUUCAUUCAAGAUUUCGAAUCACGUAAUAUUAAAACUUCAACCUGCGUAUUUAGGCCGUAUGUAGAACACCCUCAGACUACAUACUUUAUUCAUACUGAUGCUGAAGAUUCAAGAGCUGUUGUAAAUUAUAACAGUAUAGAAGAAUUAACAUUUGAAGAAUUCAAAAGAAAAUUCGAUUUUAUUUGCACUAUUGAACUAGCUUCUCUAAAUACUUCAUUACCUUUCAAUUGGAUCCAUCUUGAAGGACACAAUGCAGAUGCGAAAAAAAUGAUUGAUUAUAUUGACUCAAGAGUUUGGAGGAAUAAAACUAUUAUAAGUGUCAAAUUAGAUAAACCUUAUAAAAAAGGAUUAGAAAGUUUAAUGAAAAAGGCCGACGUCAUAUUUUUCUCCCAAGUCUUUGCUGAAAGUAAAGGUUAUGUUCGUGAUGCUGCUUUUGACUUUUUAAAAUUUAUGGGUAAAUUUUGUAAAGAAACUGCCUAUUUAUUUUGUACAUGGGGAUCAUCCGGUGCAAUGUUUUAUAACAAUAAGUCCAAAAGAGUUUAUGCUGUGUCUGCGAUGCAAGUACCAAUUGUAGUUGAUAGUGUAGGAGCAGGUGAUACAUUCGUUGCUUGUGCAAUAUACAGUCUAGUUCAAGGGAUGUCUCCAGAAGGCUGUUUAAGAUUUUCUUGCGAAUUAGCUAGUAGAAAAUGUGCUCAAUUCGGAUUUGAUGGUAUGAUUGAUGAAAUGGGACGUUUACGUAAAAUGCUUAAAUCUACUGGACUAUUUGAGUUAAGAAAAAAACAAAAACCUCAACCUAUUAAUGCGAUAGAUAGUGGUUUUGCUGAUGAUAAUGAUAGCAUAUAUAGUUUUUGUCAAUAUGAUAAUUCCAUUAACAAUACAUUUACUAAUAGUAUUGAUAGUAACAGUACAUUUUCUAAUAGUAUUGAUAGUAACAGUACAUUUACUAAUAGUGUUGAUAGUAACAGUACGUUUACUAAUAGUAUUCAUAGUAACAGUACGUUUACUAAUAGUGUUCAUAGUAACAGUACGUUUACUAAUAGCGUUUAUAAUAACAGCAUGUUUAUUAAUAAUAGUAUUUAUAAUAACAGUACAUUCAUUAAUAGUAGGAAUAAUAGUAGACAUCUUAUAAAGGAAAAGCAUACCAAAAUAAUAUAG